AUAAAACUUAUUACGAAUAUUUUAAAAGCCGAUGAAACACUUAAAAAUUUGGGAAUCAAAAUAAACAUUCAGGGAGAAUUUUGUUUUGCUUUAAAAGUAGCUGUUUUUUGGAUUUUUUAUAAUGUGCUUACCUGUACGCUUGUAACUCUUUACGAUUUCAAAAACCUUGGAAAAAUAAUUAAAAUAGUAGUCAUUGUUAUUGUAUACCAUGGAUUUUAUGUAAAUUUGCUAAUCAUUCUAAAAUUUUUUCUGCUGAUCAAGCACAUGAGAUUGCGGCUUAAAGAUAUAAAUAAAGUACUGAAAAAUUUUCUAAGAUCACACACCAAAAAUAUUACGCAAAAAGGAACAAAUGAUAGAUGGGCAACUUCCGUUCGAAAAAAUAUGGGGUUAGAUUUUCUUUGUAACGUCAGACGCAUACAUUUGGAGUUGGGAGUACUGUGCCGUAAAACAACAACAGUUUACGGUACCCCACUUGCUUUUACGACAAUUGGACUCUUUGUUCACAUUAUUAGUUCAUUAUACUGCAUAUAUUUACGAUUAAUAAAUCCAAAUUUAGAAAUUUAUUAUAAAAUUCGUUCCGUAUUAAUAACUUUGACUUGGAUAGUGCCUUUCGGUUUAAGCUUCUUCAGUGUUAAUUAUAUAUGUAAGGAGACCGUAAACGAGUGGAAGCAAACUGGAAUAAUACUUGAUGAAUUAGAUCUUGAGUCCAAAAAUACUGAGAUCCAGACAGAAAUACGCAACUUUUCGGCUCAAGUACAAAGAAACACUUUAAAGUUUUCACCAUGUGGAUUUUUCGACCUCGACUUUUACUUCGUUAGAGAUUUUACUGCAGCGGUGGCUACGUACUUAGUUAUAAUGCUCCAAACCUACCCAAGUGACAACUGAGCUCCCACAAAAACCGUCAAAAUAGGCAAUCGCAUAUAUAGUGAGUGACUUUACGCGUUUUGUCAGUGAACUAAAUAUAAUUAAUCAUUAAUUAAAAAGCAAUUAGUAUUUCCCCUGUUUUUUCUAAAAUAAUAUUAAUUUAAAUUAAAUACACAUUUUUUAUGAAUACACCGCUUUAAUUAAGGUAUUUGUCGUGAAGUAAUCACUGUUUGUCACGUAUUAUCAAAAGAAUUAUUUUUAAUAGUUUGAAAUGUUUGUA